AUGGAAGGACAACUUGUUGAUCUUGGAUUUGAAGAUCCAUUCGUGGACGAAGCAUGCGAGAAUGUGGAGUUGUCAGAGGUACCUUGUCUAGGAUCAAGGAAACGGAGCAAUGAUAAUGAGUACACAAGAGGUGUAGUUAAACCAUUUCAUCAACAACAUCAACAACAUAAUGAACAACCAUUGAGAUACCCAAAGAUAUCAUUUCAAGCUGGAGAUUAUGAACAAGAUGAAGGAAUUGAUGAGCUAAUGAUGGACGAUCAAUCAUUUAAUAGACAAUCAUGCCAACCUGAUAUCAAACAACAGAAAGGCAAUGGCAAGCUAAACGACUCUAUAGACAAUGAAGAUGAUAUGAUAAAUAGCAUUAAGGAUAAAUUCAACUCUAUAUUAGACGUUGCCAAGUCCAAGUUCAUGUUCUUGUCCGGGUUCUUUGGAAGACAGGAUACACAAAAGUAUGAAUGUACUUAUGCUAUUGUAUACACCAAUGAGGAGAGGGGAAGACUGGACAUCAAUGAUCCGAUCAAGUACACUCAUGAUGAUUGUUCAGAGUCGGACAAGUUUUUGAAGGAA